ACUGGUUGUACAUCCUCACCGCAUCGACAUCCACGACGGACGAGACCAGCUACACGACCGCAAACAUGUCGCGGCUUGGAACGUUUCGAGCGUCAUACCUCGUGGCAUUGAGCUGCAUUGGCUCUUUCCUCUUUGCCUACGACACAGGCAUUGUGGGAGGUGUCCUGUCCCUUGAAAGUUUUCAAAAGGACAUGGGCAUGACUCCCGCAACCAAAGCCACCGUCAGCUCUAACUCUGCCAGUCUUCUGCAAGCCGGAGCCUUCUUCGCCUGUUUCUUCGUUUGGCCGUUUACCGCUAAAUACGGACGUCGCUGGUCCAUCGUCCUCGCUUCUUUCAUCUUCAACAUCGGUGCUAUCCUUCAGCUCUUCUUCCCGAACAACAGCGUUGGAACAUGGUACGCCGGCCGCACAAUCUCCGGACUUGGUGUCGGAAUCGCGACGGUCAUCAUUCCCAUGUAUAGCAGUGAAAUGGCACCCAAGGAGAUCCGAGGUCGGCUUGGAAGUAUGUUCCAAUUCUUCUUCACCCUUGGCGUGUUCACGAGUUAUUGGAUCGACUAUGCGGUUGCCAAGCAUAUGGAGCCAACAACUCUCCAGUGGCGCAUCCCCGUUGCCCUGCAGCUUAUCCCCGGUGGCUUUUUGGGCCUGGGAAUGCUUCUCACAAAGGAGAGCACUCGAUGGCUCGCUAAGAUGGGACAAAACGAUGAGGCUCUUGAGUCUUUGGUAUGGGUUCGUGGCGGAGAAUUGACCCCCGAGGUCCAGGCAGAGAUGGAUGAGAUCUUGGCCGGAAUUGCUGACGAGGAACGCGUAACGGAAGGCUUGACUUGGAAGGAAUUCCUUCUUCCAGCCAACAGAGGGCGAAUGCUUCUCGUUAUUACUCUCCAGAUCGGCGUCCAACUUACCGGAAACACAUCUCUUGCCUACUUCUCACCCCAGAUCUUCAAUGCUGUCGGAGCUGGCGAGAAUGCUUUCCUUUUCAGCGGCUUCUUUGGCCUGGUCAAGGUCGUUUCCUGCUUCUUCUUCCUCAUGUUCCUUGUUGAAAAGAUCGGCCGACGAGGCUCCCUUAUCGGAGGAUCCUUCAUGAUGGGAGUGUAUAUGCUUAUCGUGGCUGUCAUCACCGCCACCCACCCACCGGAUCCAACGAGCACAACCAUCUCAUCUGCCUCCGUUGCAUCUCUUACCAUGAUUUAUCUGGAAGCCAUGACGUACAAUAUCUCGUGGGGUCCUGUUCCUUGGCUCUACAUGAGUGAAAUCUUCCCCACUCGUAUUCGUGAGGGUGGUAUCGCUGUUGGAACUGCGACCCAGUGGCUGUGGAACUUCGCCUUUUCUCAAAUCACUCCCCACGCGAUCGAGAAUCUGGGCUGGAAGACAUUUCUCAUGUUUUCCAUCUUCAACUUUGCACUUGUGGUGUAUUCUUUCUUGGUUAUCAAGGAGACGAAGGGAAGAUCCCUCGAAGAAAUGGAAAUUCUCUUCAACGCAAAGCCGGAUCCGAACGACGUUGAAAAGUCUCGAGAUACCAGCCUCCAACACGAUGAGAAGAAGGAUUUGGACGAGAAGCAUUAAACGCCUACUUUUAUGGGCAAUUAACCGCGUUGUGUUUCUUUGGUCAUGAUUGGGUAUUUCAUGUGCUUUCUGAGGAUUCAAUAAGCGAAAUAUUACAAUGGCCUAGGGAUACUGCAAACCACGACAGUAAUAUUAAGUAAUAAAGACUAAGUUCAC